AUGUCCAACACAGGUGGCUUUUCGAUGGAAUUCUACGCGGCAUGGUCAGCAACCCAAGUCGCUCUACCUACAGUCUGGGAUCUUCCCAUCCCACAACUCAAGGGUUGUUUCGGGCGGAUGCCGAAGAGCGCGGUGAAGAGGACGUUGUUUGGGUGGAUUCCUAGUGUUGUCAUUGCUUUCAUGUUCCUCGCGAUGACGCUGGCAAAGUUUCGACAAUCGCUUCGGGACCACCGGGCGCGUGGGGGGAGUAGCUUGUCCCCGUUGUUUUUGAUUAUCGUUAGAGAUGGGGCGUUGUUCUUCUUUUUGAAGGGAUUUAUCAUCGGCUUGUUGCACCCUUCUCCUGCGUCGCCGCACGACUCGUAA